AUGGCUUCCUUCGACUCCAAUUCAAACGACAAAUUUGACAGUACUGGACCUGCCUCUCGGAAUCGUCAAGUUCAGUUCGGCCAGUCCGACACCGUUAGUUCUGGAAUGGCUGGCGUCGGCGCCGGAGGGUACAACGACCAACAGAACCAGACUUCAGGCCGUGACCAAUUUUCGAGUAGCGCGAACAAUGAUGACUCGUUCGGGGCCGACUCUCAAACUGGUCAAGGAUACGGCGCUAGUACCAACCAAUCUGACUACGCGCAGAGCUAUGGCGAUACCACUGGUUCUCAACAAGGAUCGCAGGGGACAGGCAACGGAAACGGAUCUGUAAACGAAUUCGAAAACAACAACCAUUCGGCUGGUAACUAUGGUUCUGGAAAUGAUAACACCUCAAGUGGAUAUGGCACCAGCGAUGAUUUUUCUGGUAAUCGAAAUGAUAACUCGUACGGUUCUGAGAAUACCAAGCCUAGUUUUGGGGACAAAAUGAAAGGUACUGCUGAAGUUGCAGCUGGUAAAGUCACAAGGAACAGUGGCAUGGUAGAGAGAGGCCAGGAGAGAAAGGUUGAAGGCAACAACUUUUGA